AUGAAGAUGGCACCUGCCGCGGGCUUCUGGUGCUGCUGGCUAAGUAUCGCCGCGCCGUUGCCGGGGCCGCUUUGGACGCUGCUGCUGUGGCUGGUGGCGGCGGCGCCGGCGGUGCGCGCCGUGACCGCGCAGUACCCUUCGUUCUCCCUGCUUAGGCAGGAGCUGCACCGUCAGCAGCAGGGCCAGGGGAGCAGAGGCUGCCCGGAGCUCCUGGCGGCCGACUGGGGCGGGGAGCAGUAUGCGGCCACUGGCGAGUGCGACUCUUCUUUUUUGCACUUUCAUGAGUCAGAUUGUGAACUACGAGGGUCUGCAUCUUGUGAAUCCCUGCUUUCUUUCAAUACAGAAAAACUUCUGAGUCAAGCAAAAUCGCUUGCAGAACAAAAGAGGUUUCCAUUUGCCACAGAGGAUGACAAUACAAAUGAAGAAUUAGCUAUUGCUUAUGUAUUGAUUGGAAGUGGCCUUUAUGAUGAAGCUAUACGACACUUUUCAACAAUGCUCCAGGAACAACCGGAGCUCGUUAGUGCAAUUUAUGGGCGAGGGAUAGCCUAUGGAAAGAAAGGGCUGCAUGAUAUAAAAAAUGCAGAGCUUGCUUUGUUUGAGCUAAGCAGAGUAAUUAGUCUGGCACCAGAUCACCCUGAAGUGUUUGAACAGCGAGCAGAGAUAUUGUCACCUCUGGGUCGAAUUAGUGAAGCACUGGCUGACCUCACUAAAGCUAUUCAGCUAAAACCCUCAGCACGACUUUACCGGCACAGAGGUACUCUUUACUUCAUAUCCGAGGACUAUGCAACAGCCCAUGAAGACUUUCAGAAUUCCCUUGAACUAAACAGAAACCAGCCUAUAGCUAUGCUUUACAAAGGCUUAACAUUUUUUCACAGAGGUCUUCUAAAGGAAGCUAUUGAAUCAUUCAAAGAAGCCCUAAAGCAGAAAGCAGAUUUCAUAGAUGCAUAUAAAAGUCUGGGGCAGGCCUAUCGAGAACUUGGUAACUUCGAAGCCGCUACAGAAAACUUUCAGAAGGCAUUGAUGCUAAAUCAAAAUCAUGUUCAGAGUAUUCAGCUUGGGGGAAUGAUGCUUUAUCAUCAUGGAAGCCUGGAUGAAGCUCUAAAGAACUUUAAGAGAUGUCUGCAACUGGAGCCAUAUAAUGAAGUGUGCCAGUAUAUGAAAGGUCUCAGUCAUGUCGCCAUGGGCCAGUUUUAUGAAGGAAUCAAAGCUCAAACUAAAGCUAUGCUAAACGAUCCUUUGCCUGGUCAGAAAGCUAGUACAGAAUAUCUGAAAGUGAAAUACCUCAGAGAAUAUUCUCGCUAUCUCCAUGCACAUCUUGAUACCCCACUUACAGAAUACAGUAUAGAUACGGAUCUUCCUGGAAAGUUUAAAGAUCACUGGGCCAAAAAUCUCCCUUUUCUCAUAGAAGACUAUGAAGAACAGCCAGGGCUACAACCGCAUAUAAAGGAUGUGCUGCUUCAGAAAUUUGAAAACUAUAAGCCCGAAGUACAAGAGAUGAUAUGUAUAGCUGAUCAUUUGGGUUCACUGAUGCAGUAUGAGACUCCUGGAUUUCUUCCAAACAAGAGAAUACAUAGAGCAAUGGGGCUAGCUGUGCUAGAAGUAAUGCAAGCUGUACAGCGAACAUGGGUGAACUCAAAAGUGCGGAUGAAUGGAAAAACCAGGCUAAUGCAGUGGAGAGAUAUGUUUGACAUUGCUGUGAAAUGGCGAAGGAUAGCUGACCCAGACCAGCCGGUACUAUGGUUAGACCAAAUGCCAGCUCGAAGUCUUAGCAGAGGCUUUAAUAAUCACAUUAAUCUAAUCAGGGGGCAGGUUAUUAACAUGAGAUACCUUGAAUAUUUUGAAAAGAUGCUUCAUUUCAUCAAAGACAGGAUCCUUGUUUAUCAUAGUGCUAAUAACCACAAAGAACUAUUAGAAGUUCGUGAAGCACUGGAACAGGUCAAUAAAGUAGAAGACCUUCUCCCAAUAAUGAAGCUUAACAGUAAAACAAGAGAUGGAUUCACUGUCAACACCAAAGUCCCAAGCCUCAAAGAUCUGGGAAAAGAAUAUGAUGGGUUUACUAUUACCAUAACAGGAGAUAAGAUUGGGAACAUACUAUUUUCAGUUGAAACACAGACAACAGAAGAAAGAACACAACUGUAUCAUUCAGAAAUAGAUGCUCUAUAUAAAGACUUAACUACCAAAGGAAAAAUACUUGUUUUAUCUGCAGAACUUGGGGAGUCAGAUGCUGUGUGCAAUCUAAUCCUGUCUCUUGUAUACUACUUCUAUAACUUAAUGCCUCUGUCCAGAGGUUCCAGUGUAGUGGCGUAUUCAAUAGUCAUGGGAGCAUUGAUGGCAAGUGGAAAAGAAGUAUCAGGAAAGAUUCCAAAAGGAAAGUUGGUUGAUUUUGAAGCCAUGACAGCACCUGGUUCAGAGGCCUUCAGUAAAAUAGCAAAAGAUUGGCUGAAUCUAAAAAGCAUUUCACCUUCUUACAAGAGUCUUCCAUUGGUAUCGGAAUCCUUCCCAACAUUACGAACUAUGAUUGAAGCAUUAAGUACAGAUGCCUCUCAUUGCCUUAAAAGGCUUUAGUUGUUGUGUAACUUAUCUCAAUAAAAAGCAAUGACC